UGCCGCUUGCCGCCAUUGACACGCACAGAUAAAACCCAAAGAAAGGCAAAGAGUCCUGCCCUGCACCGGCGCCGCGCGGGCCGAACCUGCGCCCGGGGAGGGGCGCGCAGAGGGCACCGGGCGCGCGGAGCAGGCGGCGCAGCACCAGCAUUGUCUUAGUGUUGGGAGCCCAGCGUGUCAGCACGCUGAGAGGGAAACUGAGGCAAGAUGUCGGGCCGGAGCGGGAAGAAGAAAAUGUCCAAGCUGUCCCGGUCGGCGAGGGCCGGAGUCAUCUUCCCAGUGGGGAGGCUGAUGCGUUACUUGAAGAAAGGGACGUUCAAGUACCGGAUCAGUGUGGGCGCUCCCGUCUACAUGGCAGCAGUGAUUGAGUACCUGGCAGCGGAAAUCCUAGAAUUGGCCGGAAAUGCCGCAAGGGACAACAAGAAGGCACGGAUAGCCCCGAGACACAUCCUGCUGGCUGUUGCCAAUGAUGAGGAGCUCAACCAGCUGCUGAAGGGAGUGACUAUCGCCAGCGGAGGUGUCCUGCCCAGAAUUCACCCCGAACUGCUGGCCAAAAAGCGAGGGACCAAAGGCAAGUCGGAAACGAUCCUCUCCCCACCCCCAGAGAAAAGAGGAAGGAAGGCCACGUCAGGCAAGAAGGGGGGCAAGAAAACCAAGGCUGCCAAGCCACGGGCAUCCAAAAAGUCCAAAGCAAAGGACAGUGAUAAAGAAGGAACCUCAAAUUCCACCUCUGAAGAUGGGCCAGGGGAUGGGUUCACCAUCUUGUCUUCUAAGAGCCUUGUUCUAGGACAGAAGCUGUCCCUGACCCAGAGUGACAUCAGCCAUAUUGGCUCCAUGAGAGUGGAGGGCAUCGUCCACCCAACCACAGCUGAAAUUGACCUCAAGGAAGAUAUAGGCAAAGCCUUGGAAAAGGCUGGUGGCAAAGAGUUCUUGGAAACAGUCAAGGAGCUUCGCAAAUCCCAAGGCCCUUUAGAAGUUGCUGAAGCUGCUGUCAGCCAAUCCAGUGGACUUGCCGCUAAAUUCGUCAUCCACUGUCACAUCCCCCAGUGGGGCUCUGACAAAUGUGAAGAACAGCUUGAAGAGACCAUCAAAAACUGCCUUUCGGCGGCUGAGGACAAGAAGCUGAAGUCUGUCGCAUUCCCACCCUUCCCCAGCGGCAGAAACUGCUUUCCCAAACAGACAGCCGCUCAGGUGACCCUCAAGGCAAUCUCGGCCCACUUUGAUGACUCGAGCGCGUCAUCCCUGAAGAACGUGUACUUCCUGCUCUUCGACAGUGAGAGCAUCGGCAUCUACGUGCAGGAGAUGGCCAAGCUGGACAUCAAGUAGCCGCACUCCAGCAGGGACAGAGGAGCGACGUCACGUCACGAGAGUGGGUUAUUUUUUAAAAGGAGCAAGAAAGGUGACGGCAGGGGGCAGAGGGCAGCUGAGAGGGACGCGGGUAGCAGAAGCGGCCGGAGCAGGUCCUGCCCAUGGCGCCUAGGUGCCCCCUGCGUUUUAUAUUCUCCUUAUAAAGGGCCUUGGUCCAUGCCGAACCAGGUCUCUGCCAGGGGUUUCUUUCCAUGUUUUCUUCCGGUUGUUUUAGAACUUUUUAAAAAAGAAAUCAGACCUCGUUUUAGAUUUAUAGCAUUGACUUUUACACACACUCAAAAAAUCCUUUCAAGAUCCUUCAAUCUUUUGUUCCUCCUUUCUCUGAGGGAAGAGGGCAUGAGGGUGACUUGGGUUUGGGGGCUGCCUGUGUUCCAUGGUGGAGAGAAGACGGGAAAGACGUCUCACUGGUGCUUUUCUCUUGUUUCCGUGUCCCCUCCCACCCCUACCCCCCUGACCCCUAUAAUAUCUGUAACUACUCCUAAAACGUUUUUGCUUCGGGCUUAUUUUGGUUUCGUUUUGUUUCGUUUUGUUUUUAAAGAAAAUGAAAGGAAAAAAUAAAAGAUCCAGUGUCUUUCUUAUAAUGUGUUC